UGGUGCCUGAGGCUGCAAGAUCCUCACGUCACACCUCAUGUGCUCUCACAUUCCUCGCCGCUGAACAGGACCUCUCAAACAGAAGUAUGCGUCCACCAAUAAGACGGCUAUAGGUUGAGGCUGCGCUCACACUGCUCCGCCAUGCCUUCCAUGGAGGCGACAAGGAAGGAUGUGAAAGAGAAGCUGGGCAAACAACGAGACAAAAUCGACCACGAUGCCAUCCUCGCCAACCUCCAAGACGAGAUCGACCGUCACAACGCAGUAAAGGAUGGCUUACGCUCCUCCAUGCGCAGUCCUGAGCGAGAAGAUGCCGUCCGCGAUUCCUCACGAUCGAUGCGCUUCCGCUUCAAAUCCGGCACGCAGGAGCCACGAACUGGGAGAUCGCACAGCUCGCGGAGCGAAACACAUGACAGCAGAAGAUCGCAUCGCAAGCGCAGAAGAAAACAAGGAGAUGACUAUCCAACGCCUCCAUCAGACGAAGCGAACAAAGCCCCUGUCGAAGAUCCAGCGCAUCCCUUCCCUCGCGAACCUAUCGCCGACCCGGACAACCCUGCUCCGCAAUCCUCCGACACAGCCUUUCGCACCUCCCUCUUCGACGCCCUAGCCGACGAUGAAGGCGCCGCAUACUGGGAAAGCGUAUACAGCCAACCAAUCCACAUCUACCCCCGCCCAACCAUUGAGACACCGCGAGGCGAACUGGAGCAGAUGAGCGAUGAAGAGUACGUGGAGUACGUCAAAGCGAAGAUGUGGGAGAAGAAGCACCCGGAGAUUGUGCAGGAGCGGAAGCAGAAGGAUCGAGAGCGGAAGCUGGAGGAAGAGGAGCGGACGAGGCGACGGGAGGAGUUUGUGAGGCGGAGGGAGAGGGCUGCGUGGGAGCGAGCGCAGGGCUGGAAAGCCAAGGAAGGUGACGACGAGGGUGAAGAGGAUGGUAACGCUGGGUUUGAAUUCACGGGUGAACCCAACUUCGCUCCUAGCGAUCGCGCGCAGGAGCGGGCGGAGUACGCGAAGGCGUGGGAGAAUUACCUCUCCGCGUGGGACAAGUUGAAAUACGACCUUCUCGCCGAACGCAGCGACUCAAGCAGCAAAGAGACGGCUGCGCACCCUUCGAAACGCAUUCCAUGGCCCGUCCUACCCUCUAAGGCUGUCAUCAAACCCAACAUCGAGGCGUUCAUGCAGCACGCGCCUGCGGAGGAGAAGCGGUCGAAGACGGCUGUUCUCAAGGCUGAGAGGGUGCGUUGGCAUCCUGAUAAGAUUCAACAGCGUUUCGGAGGUGUAGUGGACGAGGGGACGAUGAAGCUCGUCACUGGCAUCUUCCAGGUGGUUGACAAUGUCCUUGAGGACGAAAGGAAGCGCGAAGGUAGUUAGAAAUCGAAUGGAUGC